AUGAUGGUAUCCCCCAUUCAAGCGGAGGACACGAUAUUUACCAGAACUGCGGGGCUAGAACCACGAGCACUGCAUCGCGCCGCCGGAGACAUUCAUGCAGUAACUCCCGCAGAACGUAUGUUUGAACUAUUAAGUACUCUAUAAAAGGAUGGAAAUAUCGGCGUGAUGUGCUAUAAAAACAAAUUCAUCGUUGGCUCGGAUGAGGAAAGUUGUGUUAAUAGGAAGAACUGAAAAAAUGAUGACACGUACAUAGGUAAAACUGUAAAGUUCUUUAGCUCCCUCUCAGGAUCCUCAGUAGGGCCUGAGAGGGAGCUAAGAAGGUUCAUCUAAUAGGUCCUGGAAUAAAAGGAAACUUUAAAGCUUUUUUUGAAUCUCCUCAAAUCUUUUUAGUUGCUUCCCAGCAUUCUUUAUUUCAAAGGGUGUGAAAAAGAUGCGAAAAUGAAAUUUAAAAAAAUCUUUUGGGGACCUUACAAGGUCUUUUUUUUUUUUUGAAAGAUUUCGAGGGGCUUCUCAGUUUUGCCCGAGAAUAGAGUUGCUUAUUUUUGUUUACAGUGGGGAGAAGGCUAAAAAAAAAAUUGAAAUUUACCUAGUUUCAAAGCUUCAAGACCUCAAAAAAGUUCGUUUGAAGAUGCAUAUUUAUAUUCUAGUCGCUCUUUCUACGUUAGAAGUUCGAAAGGUUUUGAAGUGCUAGCAGAAACUGCGGAGUCCUCGGACUUCGGUAACGCAGACCGGGCGCUUCCUCGUCUUUCUAGAGAUCAGUUGAACUUCGUCAGCAGUCCUUACUGAUUACUAGAAAUACUCAGGAAGUCCGGUUUUCGUUACAGAAUUUCGAAUUUCGAAAAAACUCUUCUUAAAUAUGGAAGUGAGCCUCGCAAUUUUUAGCUUUACAUGAUUGCCUGUUUGAACUUUUGUAAAUAGUGUUUGCUGAAAGUUAUGAGUUCAGCUUUAAAAUACAGUCGUCCGUACGAAGCUGAUGAAGAACGCGAUAUAUCCUUUGGAGAAGAUGCUGCUCUGCUUGCCGACGUUCCUCCGGCUGGAACCACAGGAAGGACCGUGGUCGGCGGAACCAACAGAUCGAAAAAGGACAAAUCUUCGUGCAAGGACGUCCUUUCUUUGGUUGAGAUUCAGAAAACAACAGAGGGUAUUUUUUGGUAAAUUUUGUCAUUUUUAUUCGUUUUAAGGCUUUGGUUUCAAUAUCAUCGGAGGCGUGGACAAUCCUCAUUUUCCAGAGGAUGCGGGAAUUUUUGUUUCUUUAGUGAAUCCACAAUCGCCGGCAUUUGGCGUCGUCCGAGCCGGUGACAAAAUUCUCUCUGUUAGUUUUUCAAGACCCGAUCAAAAUGUAACUUGUGUGUGUAGAUCAACGGGAUCGAUUUGACUCAUAAAACUCACGACGAGGCCGUGGAAUUGUUUAGAAGCAUGAAUCUUGGCAGAUUCGCGAAAAUGUUGAUUGAUCGCGAAGCCUACAAAGUGGUAUUAUGACUUGAACUGCGUUUUCUGAAAGUCAAUUUCAGCAUUCUGUUAAGUCCAAGAAAAGCAAGACAUCUCAGGACUCAGCAGCUUCUUCCAAUUCUUUCACUCCAGGAAUCGCGACGCAAAAAAAGUUGAAUAUCAUAGGGAGCAGCCUUUCAGGUUAACUUUCCCCAUGUUUCUGUUCGAGUUUGCUUAUUUUUUUUUUUGUAGAAGGAGGGUCCGAUUCGAAAAACAAGGCUGAUCACCAUGGCGUCGGAACUGUUGUUGAGAGGUUUCACCUUUACUCUUUUUGAGUGCUUAUAAUCAUUUUGAUAACCAUAAAAAGUUUUUUUGUUUUGGUGGAAAGCCCCCUCUUUUUUAGUUUAUAAAUGCUUCAGCAUUAUUCUCUAAUUUUUUUUUUUUCUUUUAUUAAUACAAUUUUUUUGUAGAGUUUUAGAGAGCUACACAUAUUCAAAGCGAAGUAAGUUAUCAAGAGAUUUUACUUUUUUUUGGAAUUUGAUUUGUUUCAUUUUUAGUAUAAAAUUUGAUUUUAUUUGUGAAAUAGUUUUCCCUGAAUAAUCAUAGCGUCAAGUCUUUCGAUUUACGUCUAUUUUUGAUGAAAAUGGUCUGUAGGGUACGAGAAAAGAAAGUGCGGACGGCAAACGGCUCAGUUUUGGACGAAGACGAGGACGGCCGAAGUUUCACGAGUUAUGCCCCUUCGAUGCACUCGAUAAUUGACGACGUGCCAAGGACCCCGCGAAGGCCGUUCAGCCUUUUGGACCCAAGAAAGUCUGUUUUUAUCAUUGCACCUGCGAAAUCUAGGAGAUAACAAUUUCGGAUUCCUUUUUUUGCAGAAAAGCAAAAAAAUAAAAAAACUAAAUUCUUUUUUAUUUUUAUGAAGUUCUACAAAAUCUUGACCAUUCUCAUGCCGAGUUCAAAGCUAAUGACGCGCGCGGUAAAAAAGUUUUUCUCGUUUAGAAGCACGAGCCGAAUCGCAAGGAAACGCGGUAGAUUCCCACAGUGUGAUUGGUUGGCUUUGCCCAUUGGGUAAGAAAAUUUUUUCGAAGUAAAUUCAUAGUGAACAUUCGCAAAGAAGAAAGAGCCGUCUAAUCACGCUAUGCGAAUCCGCUGCGUUUCGGCUUUAGCCGUUGGAUCAGAAAAAUUGUUUUGCUGCGCUCGUCAAAUUAGCUUUUAACGCGAUUUCAAGUUCUUUUUAUUUCGCUCUCUAAAUAUUCACUGCUCUGUACCAGGAAUCUAACACAAAAAGUACUCAUGAAAAAGAUCAAAAAGAUGUUAAAAUAUUAGUUUUAAGUUUUAAGACCUUUAUAAAAUCUGUGAAUCAAUUGUUUUUUUGUAGCAAUACAGUUUUCACGGAAGUGCUCUACGUGGGAAUUGGUUUGGCUGCGAUUUCCCUCGGCGGCUUCCUCGUUUACCGUUUUAUCCGUUCACGUCAUUGA